AAGAGUUUUCCAUUGCCUUGGCAAUAAACCAAGCCAUUGCUAAAGGGAAAGUCUCGGCUCCAGUAGUCAUCAGUAGAGAUCAUCAUGAUGUCAGUGGGACAGACAGCCCCUUCAGGGAGACCUCCAAUGUUUAUGAUGGCUCUGCCUUCUGCGCAGACAUGGCAGUGCAGAAUUUUGUUGGUGAUGCAUUCCGUGGCGCCACAUGGGUUGCUUUGCACAAUGGAGGCGGAGUUGGAUGGGGAGAAGUGAUAAAUGGUGGUUUUGGAUUGGUUCUGGAUGGUUCUGAAGAGGCAGGACAGAGAGCUAGACUAAUGUUGAACUGGGAUGUCUCUAAUGGGGUGGCACGGAGAUGCUGGUCAGGCAACGCUAAUGCUUAUGAGGCAAUUCAACGUACCAUGGAGGAUCAGAGUCAGCUAAGAGUCACAAUGCCCAACCCAGUACAGGAAGAACACAUUCUGGAUCAUGCACUGCUGGGAUAAACUAAACUCCACAUUUAAAUAAUAAAUUAUGCAUAUCUUAUCUUACCAGGAAAAAAAAAAGUUCACAAGUACUGUUCUAUUCACUCAGGAAAGAUGGACAAUCGAAUGCAUAGACUGUAAUAUAUACUGUAAUAGACUCUGAACUAGUCCAUUAUUUACUUUUACUUUUGAAUUUGAUGUCAUAAAUGAUUACAAUUAAAAGCUAUAAUUGUUCGGUUUUGAAAAUGUAUUUCAGUGAAUUGAUUUAAAUUAAGUAAUUGAGGUACCUGAUGUGUAUUUUAUAUGGUUAUAAAAUAAUAAGCUCCCAUAAAGGUAAAAAUGGUCCUGAAAAAUAAAUUACAAGGGGCCAAAUUGUAAGUAGCCUACCUAUUUGGCACUAUUGCAAUUAUAGCUAGUAAAUGUCAAAUGUUAUUGUGGUAGUAUCGUGCUACAAACAAAAGUAUUAUUCAGAUGCAAAACUUGAAGUUUGUUUGACCUUUGAGUCAGAAUGGGAGUCAUGGAUACAAAUGUCAACAUGCCACCAAUAGACUUUAGUUAACACAGCUUCAAGAAACGAGUGGCGUUUCAAAUUGUAAAAAUCAUGAUAUGUUACACUUUAGCGUCCUCUUUAUUUUAAUAUCUUUAAGAUUUUUUCUUACAUAGAGCCAAAAAUUCAAUAAUGGCUCUGGGGACGGAGUGUUUACUGGGUGAACAGACGCUGGAAGAGGAAUUCAGGCGGUUAAAAAAACGUGAUUUGACAGAGAAUUACCUAUUUCAAAUGGCAUGUGGCUCGUUUAAACCACAAAAAUGCAGUGGAAGUGCCUUUAGGAACCAUAUCAUGGAAAGGGUAAAAAUCUCUCCCCCGACUCGACCGCAACCGAAGCAUUUUGACGCGGCUCGACCUGCAAUACCUACAUCAGACAUCAGAGGCGCUGCUGAAUUCUACACGCGCUUGCCUGGAGACAAGCCCGCGGAACACCCGGACUGGAUCCGCGACAGGAAAGCGUUUAGAGAAGCGCUUGACGGUAUGGGAGAUCUGCGCAGAUGGCUCCAUAAUAAACCGAUUCUCACCGAACUGGAGGUUCUCAUCACGGAACGAGACAGUCAAGAUAAGCGCAUGACAUCCCCUUCAAAAACAAUAAUUUUCCCUCCUCAACCAGAUGUUACAACUUCUCCGCGUGCACUCAGGCGUGAAGUUGAAGAAGUGAAGAGCUUUCUGCGCGCUCCCGAAGCAUGCAAUCUCUCCAAAUUCUUGGACUCGUAUGGGACUAGUAAAUUAAAGCGUGUAGAUCUCUGUGCUCUGUUUAAGAAGGAAGGCCUCUUCAUACAGCCUGAGCGAAUGAACGUGCUGAUGUCCUCAUUAAAUAGUGAGGAUGGAAACUCGGUAACUGUGGAAAACCUGGCUGUUGGGAUCCAGGCCUGGAACGGAAAGCAUCGGGAAAGGGAAGAACACAAAUCAAAUGCUGGUUGGAACGCAGACCAUGAGAAAGCAACUUGGACAAGACACCAUCUUCCAAUACAUGCAAUUUCAGAGGAGAAAGAUGAUGAGAUGGGCAUGCAGGACGUGGAGGUGCUGGCGAUCAUGAGGAGAGUUUUGGCAGCCACCAAGACCUCUUGUCCUUCUUCUCUGGGUGGCAGUAUGGGAAGAGAAGUGGAUCGUUUUAGGACACUUUGUUUUAGAGAAUACCUCAAAUCUAUUGAGCAAUGCCAACGUCAGGGGCUUAAUGUGAGCCAAGCCACUCUACAGAAAGUCUUGUUGCACCCUGUUGACAUGAGCUUGUCUAGCAGCUCCAAAUUGGGAGGAAAAGGUCACUUGUCUGGCUGUGGUGGACAAGAACAAGUCCUGACAUUACUCAGGACAUCCAAAACACACCGAGUUGAAGGUGGAGCAAAAAAGGGCCAUAAAGCGAUGAAGAAGCAGUCAAUUUGCUGGGCGGACCCUAAUGCCUUCUGGCCAGGAAAGGAAGAUCAUGUGCGCUUGUUUCUGCCUGUAGUGACAAACUCUCCUGCAAAGGUUUUAUUUCAGCGUAUUGAACGUACUGUUGCGCCAAGUCCCGGAAACUGGCCCGUAAAUCAUUUAGGAUACUCAACCUCUGGAGAUAUAGAAGCUCGCAAGAUGUACUCUCUCUAGAACAUUUUUGACUGUAUUGAAUGUCUAUAUGAAGUCGACAUGAAACGGAAGUUGCAACAAAAUAAAUCGUUUAUACAAAGUA